AUGUCUGAUAACUCUCGAGAUACGGGAAUUUCAGGCUAUGGAUUUGGACCCACGCUGGCGCUUGCAACUCUGAACACGCUGGAAACGUCGAUGGAGUCGACGUUUUUGACAAACAUGCUGGGAAGAAUAUCCGUCGUCGCAGGCUAUCUCUCCAUCAUUUCUUGGUUGUUUGCUCAGUUGCCCCAAGUUAUAAAGAUAUACAACACGAAAAGCUUGGAGGGUGUCUCUCUAGCAUUCCUUUUGGUAUGGUUUGUGGGUGACUUUCUUAACUUUACCAGCUGUCUUUUGAAUGACGCGAUGGCAUUCCAAAUUCUCUUAAGUGGUUAUUAUUGCAUGAUAGACCUGAUUCUGGCUGGCCAGUUCUACUACUAUACGCAUAUGUACAGACUUCAUCAUCAUCACCACCAUAAUCAGCAUCAUCAGCAUCCAUUGAAGAAAACCAAUAGAUUAACCACUAUCAAAAGCACGCCUGAUGAGUUGGCGGCAACUACUUCAAUUCAAUUGCCACCGGAGCAUAUUUCCAUUCCAGUGACUAAGCCUGGCAGUUCUUCGUUAAGUAUCAAGAACAGUUGGUCAUCGUUUUUCACGGCCAGCUUUGUCACCUCCUUCAAUAAAGUGCAAGCCAUGCCCAUUCCUGACGAACUAAUGUUUACUGCAAGUUCAAGCUUGAAUUGGGGCCCUAUCCUUGCUUGGGCAUGUACAAGCUGUUACCUCUCAUCCCGGAUCCCUCAGCUGAUUACAAACUACAAAUUGAAAACUACAUCUGGAAUCUCCAUUAAGCUAUUUAUUAGCGCAUUGUUGGGUAACCUCUUCUAUUCGAUAUCUCUGUUGGCCAAUUUUUACCAGCUGAAACUUUUAGUCAAGGAAAACUCACCGGAUUCUAUCCCUUCAAAUAUUUUGGACAUUUAUAGCGAGUUUUGGGAAAGAGAACUAAGCUAUUUCUUAGGAGCUAUAGGAACUGUUUCAUUUGACAUAUUGGUGUUGUUUCAAUUCUUCAAAUGGGAUCGUGGUCACUCGACUCAUCUCAACAAGAAAAAGUCAUUUAAAGUCAUCAAGGUUCCGAAAUCUUUUGAAGCCCAUCCUAACAGUCCACCUCUAGAUAAUACUGCAGUUCCCACAGGUUCCACAUCUCUGAUACACAACGAUUACGACAUGAAUGUACAUUUAGAGGAAGAUAGCUCGCCAAAGUAUGGUAGUUUUUGA